UUCUAUAUACCAACGUAUGUUCUUUGGUGGGCAAUUUCUAAAAUUGCAACACCAAAAAACACCAACAGCCAAAAAAUUCCGAAAUCUUCAAGUUCUGCAACAGCUCUACAAAAGCUUAAAGCCAAAGCUACUGGCACCACAGUAAAACGACACAAGAAAUCCAAGAGUCAAACAGCAGCCGCAACAGCUAAUAGCGUUGUCGGUGGCGGAUCGUCAUCCGUAUCGGCAUCAUCAUUACCGUCCUUAGGUUUAGCACAGAGUGGCUCCUUUGCUGGAGUCAGUGGCACCGAACACCACAACACAACAUCGAAUUCUUCUUCGGCACCGGGCCACGGUUAUAGUUAUCAACAACGCAGCAGUGGCGCCUAUAAAGGUGACCUUGGAUUUGGUGGUGCAGGCGGUGCAGGGUAUAAUAGUGCAGCCGCCGGUGACGAAAUUACCGCUACGUUUUCUAAAACAACCGUUUCACCUAAUUCGGGUCGAACUGCCGGAUCAUAUCAGCAAUAUAAUCAAAACAACAGCAGCAACCAUCAUCAAUCACCAUACCAACAACAACAUACCAAUAGUGCCAAUUUUACAAAUUCAUCCUCCUCCUCGACAAACAUUUCACCUGCGAUGAUGAUGAAACAAAAGUCCUCACGUUUAAAUAUUGGUGAUGAGGUGCGUGAGCUAAAAUUAGGAUGUACAUUCAAUUCGAAGAAUACAACGAAUGCAUUUCACACUAUAAAAUAUGAUUUUAAACCUGCUAGUGUGGAUAAAAAUCGUGUUGCUACAGUAGAUGUUGGCUCAAACAAUCAAGUUACUGUUACUGUGCCAAAUUUAGUUAGUUCCGGUGUGCCUCAUACCAUAUAUAAGGGAAAUCAAAAGAAAUACACAAAAGAAUGUAUACUCAUAUACGAUAAAAGAACUGGUGAUAUAACAUUAGAAAAAUUAAAUCACAACAUACAAGUGAAGAAAACGCGCGAAAUGACAAACAAGCCAAGUGUACCUAUUCCUUCGUCAAUGCCAGCAGUUGGUGGUGGUGGCCAUAUUGGUGCUGCUUCAUCAGCAUCAUCAUCAUUAUCAUCAACGGCGACGGCAAGCACAACAGGACCAGCGCCAAAACUAGAAAACAGUACAAUGAGAAUAACAUCCAAAACAAAAGUUUCAACAGGCAAUAGAAGAAAUACGAUAAUUGAGUUAAAGUCACGCAAUUCCCCAAUGCAGGGCUCACCAUCGGCUGUUGUUAACCGAAGUCCUCAGUCGGCACCAGCUUGGAAUGCCAAUAAUGGCCAGGCUACCUUACCUAGUAUACCCAUGAUUGUUGAUGAUGAUGAUUCUAUGUUUGGCAUUGGUGGUGGUGGUAGUGGCGGUGGUGCUGCAGCUGGUGGCGGUCUUAAUUCCGGUGGCUAUAAUAAUAAUCUUGCUAAUGUCUCUGCCUCAUCAUCCUCCUCAACAUCGAGUCAUAAUAAUUCUGGCCAAGAAUUUGAUUUUCAACAAUUGCUCCAGGGUGCUAUAUCAUCACCAACCAAACAAUCAAAACAAUCAUCGUCAUCACAUCACAGUAAUCAAAAACGACACAACAAUCACCAGCGGCAACAGCAGCAGCAACAACAACAGUCUUCACAAACGCAACAACUACAUCAAUGGCAACAGAAUCUGCAACAUCAGCAACAACAACAGCAGCAACAAACACAAAAUUCAUAUAAUCGUUAUAAUGGCAAUGGCAAUUCCUCUUCUUCCUCAUCGUUAUUUAGUAAUAAUCAUCAUAGCAAUAAUCUACAGAAUAGCAAUCAUAAUAAUAGUAGCAGUAAUAACUAUCAUCAAACUAACUAUGAUAUUGCCUCAUCGCCAACACUGGCCAUUGAAGCAGCAGCUUUGGAACAGAACAUUGCAUCCGAUUUAAGUUCAUCCAGCUCAAGUUCAGAUUCUGAAUCUAGCGGCAGUGAAAGUGGCUCCGAUUCCGAUGACAGCACUGAAGAUGAUCGACCACCCACAAAGGCUGCGGCGGCACAAAUGAUGAAUCAAUUGCCCAAUUUGGGUAAUGCACCAUCUUCGCCGCAAAUGCAUUACAAUCCACACACAAACAGUCAAAGUAAUCAUCAUCAUCAGAAUCAGCAGCAUCAGCAAAAUUCCGAAACAAAUAAUUCAAAUUCGCUUGGUAACUUUGGUUUCAAUGAUGGUUUUCCCAAUGAUUUAUUGCAAAAUGAUUUACAAUUGUCAUCGAAUUCAUCGGAUGAUGAUUCGGAUUAGAUGG